AUGUCAGAAGAUACUCGCGCCGCUCUGAAUGCAUUCCUUUUCCGUACCGGAGAACAGUCUAGACGUUUCAUGCUUGUGGUGGCCUCAAAUCAACCUGAGCAGUUUGAUUGGGCUGUUAAUGAUCGUUUGGAUCAAUUAGUUGAAUUUGAACUUCCUGGUAGACCGGAGCGCGAGCGUAUCCUUUUGCAAUACUUUGAAGAACACAUUGCAAAGCCAGCUACAAGUGGUGCGCGAGGGCAACGUUUAAAACUAGCGGACUUUGAUUGGGUAGAAAAGUGCGCAAAGGUUGCUGAUAUGACCGAAGGAAUGAGUGGAAGAGAACUCAGCAAACUUGUGAUAGGAUGGCAGGCAUCAGCUUAUGCAUCAGAGGAUGGAGUAUUAACUCCACAAAUGAUUGAUCGUAAUACGAAGGAUGCAGUCGCACAGCAUGAACAUAAGAUGGAAUGGCUUGAGAAGGAACAACGUGCUGCCAGGAACAAAGAGGUUAUGUUCGGAACCAAACUCAAAAGAGAAACUGCCGUUUGA